CUCAUAGAACAGAUGGCCGUCGUUACUCCGCUCUCCUCCAGUCAAUCGAAUCAGGAGAUUGAAUAAGGGGGCCGAGAUGCUGUCGGGACGGGAGGCGGUGAGGGCGGGCCGCUCGUGUCUGCGGGAUGGGCGUGGAGAACAGAUCCUCGCUCGUCCCACCGGCCGCUCCUCUCACUUUCAUGCACCUUCUCAGCUCCUAGGGUCGCGUCGGUCGGUACCGCAGUCAUUGGUCUCCUCCAGAACUAAAGUACUCCAGAACUUUAGUAGGCUACCCCAGAACUAAAGUAGGCUCACCACACAGUCCUCUGGAGGCUUUGCCACACACAUUAGUGCCCCUGGAUCAUUUCUGUUCAGCUGGACGUUAUCCGUUUUAAGUGUCGCAGCUGCCUGGAGCGCAACAGCGAAGUCAACUGCGCUCCACCGUGGAAAUCCCUGGUGCUAACUGCUGCUGAGUUGCUUUGAUUUGGUUUUUGGGGCGCAAACUACAGACUGAGAUGCCGCGGAGUGUCCAGAUGGAGACCGUGUUCCUGGCGCUGCUCCUGGGGGCGGUGGGAGCUUCAGCCAAUCAGGCUGCGUGUCCUUCUGGUCAGCUGACCACGGAUGGGGUCUGCUGCCUUGAAUGUGGACCUGGAGAAGGAGUCACCAAACCCUGCGGAGCAACACAGACCGUCUGCGACCCCUGCUUAGACAGUGAGACGUACUCAGAGGGGCGGAGCCACACGGAACGCUGCCAGCCGUGCACACGCUGCGCCGGCCUGCAGCGCAUGAAGUCGCCGUGCAUGGACGCCAACGACGCGGUGUGCGUGUGUGACUACGGCUUCUACCUGAGCCAGCAGUCCAACCGCUGCGAGCCGUGCACGCGGUGCCCCGAGGGCGAGGGCCUGCUGUACAGCUGCGACUACGACCGCGACACCGUGUGCGAGUCCUGCAGCGUGGACAACUACUCGGACCAGGAGAGCUCCACGGAGCCCUGCCUGCCGUGCACGCUGUGCGACGAGGACGACGAAGAGGAGAUCCAGCCCUGCACCCGGAUCAGGGACACCGUGUGUCAAGACAUGAACCCGUUGCUGACCACGCCCUCGCCCACCCUCAACCCCUGGGAAGUCAAUCCGCCGUCCGUGGACUACGAGGAUCCGGCCGGCCCCCCUCCCUCGGAGGAGCCCACCACGACGGAGAGGCCGGGGCUCGUCUACAAGGGCCUGCACGACAAGCUCAUCCCCAUAUACUGCUCCAUCCUGGCCGCCGUGGUGCUGGGCCUGCUGGCCUUCGUCAUCUUCAAGAGGUGGAACAGCUGUAAGCAGAACAAGCAGGGGAACAGUUGUCCGUCAGGGCAGGGCCCGGUGCAGCAGGCCAGCCCGUCUCCCGAGGGGGAGAAGAUGCACAGCGACAGCGGGAUCUCCGUGGACAGCCAGAGCCUACAGGAAGGACACAGCACGUCGCAGACAGUGGUGACGGUGGACGAGGACCCCUGCCUGCUGGUCCCCCUGCAGACCCGCGAGGAGCUGGAGGUGCUGGAGUCCCUGCUCCUGGACGGGGGGCCCGGCCUGGAGCUCCUGGACGGGGGGCCGGGGCUGGGCGAGGGCGAGUGGAGCCGGCUGGCCGCCCUGCUGGGGUACGCCCCGGACCAGAUCGAGGGUCUCCGCCAGCGGCAGCAGCCGCUGCGGGCGCUGCUCGGGGACUGGGCGGGCCGGGAGGGGGCGGGCCGCGACCUGCUGUGCUCGGCGCUGAACACGAUGAACCGCCCGGACCUGGCGGAGAAGCUGCGGCCCGCGGCGGCCAAACCCGGCGGCGCCAAGUCCAACGCCACGUCGGUGGUGUGAUCGCUCCCCGCCUAGCUCCGCUAUACACCUGAUCAACGUCUACGUUUUAACAUUAUGCAAGUGGCACGCUUUGUCCAUUUAAACAUGAAUCUGAGGCCAAACCCCCCAUUGCCCAAACCCUCUCACCCUAACCCUCUCAUCCUAACCUAACCCUUUCAGCUUAACCCUCUCGCUACCAUCAACUCUGGACCCACUCCAGAAUCCUCUUAGGGAACAACACAAUAAUGUCCCAGUGUCUAUAUAUUGUUAAUUUAAUGUUUAUGAUGUCUAUAUGAGGCCUAUAUAAGGUCUCUGGAGUCUAGUCAACUGUCUAGCCAUCUGACUUCUUACCCACCAUUUGUAUCCGUGACUACUACUACUACUACGACUACUACUACUACUAAUACUACUACAACCACUAUUACAACUACUACUACUACUACUCAUAGUAUUAAAUAUAAAUAUAAGUUACUACUGUGCUCUUAUUAAUCGUGCAUGGACAAUCUGACAGCAUCCCUGCUGUGAGAACAAACUACCUGCUUCAGGACAAUCUAAGGCUAGGUUUAUCCAGGUUUACCGUGCUCUCCGAGGGACACACAUCUGCUCUCUGCGAGACACACACCUAUUCUCCGCUUGCCAUGUACCUUUUCCCUGCUAGCUCUGUACCUACUCUCUGCUAAACAUGUACCUGCUCUGUGCUAGCAACAUACCGGCUCUCUGCUAGCGACACCUACUUUCUGUUAGCCACGUACCUGUCCUCCUCCCUAGCAACGUACUGUCCUCUCUAUCCAUGUAGUGUCCUCACCAUCCAUGAACCGGUCCUUCCUAGUCAUGUACUGUCUUCCCUCGCCGCGUACAGUCCGCUCUAGUCAUGUACUGUCCUGUCCUCUCUAAUCGUGUACUGUACGGUCCUCCCAGUUUGCAUGCCUUCUGUCCUGUUCAGUGCUCUCAUGGACCCCUGCUCGUCAAUCAUAACCACCCCUUUGAAAUCAGAACGACAUGGCAGAUAUAACGGGAGUUGUACUAAUAGUCUGUUAGCAUUCAAGUAUAGGGGGUUGCUUCGCCAUUAAACUGGUCUAGACCAGUAGAGAGACACGGAAUGAAGGCGUGUAUUCUCUAAUGCGUAACACAUGCAACAAAGUGGGCACUAAAUCACGUCUGUCAUGCGAAUGUAAAGUGCUUGGAUCCUGCCUGCUUGCGACUGGGAUCCUCCUCAGGGGUCAACUAACGUUAGUCUUUUUCUAAGUAGUUUGACGAGAUAAAUGUUGUGUUGAGUUUGUAGAUGUAUAUAAUAGCCAUGACAUGUUUUGGCCGCUGUGGGAUAUUGUACAAGAGGAGAUAUUUUAUCAGGUGGCAUAUUGCACGAGGGAGAUUGAGGCGUUCCUGCAUACAAUGUUACAUUAAGACACUUAUAAAGUUCCAACCUUGGUUUGCCAGAGCUGGAACAGCCACUGAACACUGAAUGUUAAUAUAGACGACGCAAAGACCGCUGUACGCAACGACCUCCUCGACCCAUGAUCGUAAGAGGACAAGAAGUGAUUGAGCAGUAAGAUGUCUUGAUAUGGAAGACUCUGGAGGAACCUAGAACAAGCCAUGAGACGAUGGGAGACUCUGGGAGACAUGGGUGGACCCUGGGAGAUGUUGGUGCAGACGGACCUUACCCUGUUCAUCUGGAGACGUUGGGGGAGGUUUGGAGACCUCUGGGAGACCAGGGCGGACCCAUGGUGACCCUUCCAGAUGUGAGCGGACCCUGGGAGACUUUUGGAGAUGUUGAGAGAUGUUUGGGGACCCUUUGAGAUGUGUAAAGACGUUGGGAGACCCUUGGAGAUAUUGGGAGAAGCUGGGACAGAAGUGCCUCAGCCUGUUGACCUCCACUUGUGGCAGGAGGGGGCUUUGGGGGCACUUAGUUGAGAUGAAAUAUGUAUGGUUUUAAUUUUUAGCUUACCAACUAGUAUUAGU